CCAAUCGCUUAGUGGCAACCCAAAAUAUAUAAAUAGUUUCGAGUGCAAAAAAGCCUUAUUUAUGGGAAUAAAAUAGAUAACUAUUAGUUGAAUCGUGUGGAAAAUAAGGCUCGCUAGCAGCAUAAAGCCGCACAAUGUCUAAGUCAAGCGCAGCACGCUGGGUGAAGUUCUUCAAUGCGGCGGGCAUUCCCUCUCCCGCCGCCGCCGGGUACGCCCACGUCUUCGUGGAGAACCGCAUCCAGGACGACAUGCUGCUGGACCUCAACAAGGAGUAUCUGCGGGAGAUGGGCAUCACCCUGAUGGGUGACAUAAUUGCCAUCCUGCGGCACUCGAAGACCGUCUGCGAGCAGAAUGCCCGGGACCAGGUCCUGACCACGGAGGUGGUUCAGCCAGUUGCCCGUCCGGUGUCGCCAAAGGUCAAAACGCCGGUAGUCGCCAAAGCAAAGGUUUCGCCGCCUGCAAAACCGGCGAGACGGGUGCUUCCCGAGCACGAGGGCAAGUACAAGGUGACACUGCCCUCGGGAACCACAGAGCGCAGCAAGCAGAUCUUAGCCAAACGGGAGAAGCUGUACUCCGAUCGCGUGAGCAGCUCCAAGAAGCCGGACAUCUUUACGCGCCUCCACGCUGCCACUGGCGAGGACGAGGCCCAGGAGGGCAUAGUGUCCAGCUCCGGCGAGAGCAGCGUUCGCGUGCACAUCACCGGAGUGUCCAAAGCAGCGGACACCUCGGGCAACAAUUCGGUCUUCGCCCGACUCGGCGGCAAGCAGUCCUCAGAUGUCACCCUAACUAAGGAAAUUAAGUCGAUUCUAAAGAACACACAUCGUUCGGUGGUAGGAGGUGUGACCAAAAACUCGCCCAUUGUCAAGGCCAAGAGGGUGGCGGCCUCCACGGUGCCGCAGCAGAAAGUAAUGCUCGUCCACAAGGUGCCCCUGAAAAGAGGCGACGACGAAGACGACAGUAUGGACGAUCUAGAAAGCGAUGAGGAAGACUUCAUCGUCAGCGGCGAAAGUGAAGACUUUGAUAUGGGGGCCGCCGAAAAGAUUGUUAAGUUUGCUUCCACAGCAGAGGUUCGUGAAAUCGCACCCGAGUCCUCCUACAAAAACAGGCAUGGCAAAAACUUUGCUAACAACAUCAAAUCAAGGCUGGGAAUUGUAUCCAAACUUCAUGCCACCAAGAAGACCUACAACCUAAAGGCAUCGCCCUCGAAGAAACCACAGGCUCGCCUCAGCCCGGUUAAGGGCAAGGCCAUACGCAUGCGCAGCGACGAGCUGAUGACCCGCCAGGACACGCUGCCCGUCCACAGAAGGCUGGGAAAUAACUCGACUUCCGCCCCCGUCAGAGCUCCUCCAGCAGUACCACACCGCCAGCAGCGAUCAGAGCCACCGCAGAAGAAAUAUGUUCCGCCAAGGCGCUACAACAGCAUGAAUGCAGGUCAUAACAGGCCUCGAGAUCAAUCUGGAUCUGUCUUUGACCGUCUUGGCUUCAAUAACUCUAUGUAAAAUAUAAGUGAUGUGCCCCUCGUAAAUUUACGUUAAGUUCAAUGCCCUUAAUUAAUUUUGCCAUUAAAUGUUCGAAUGGAAGUAGAAA